UCUCUUUCUCAUGAGGAUCGAAACCCUGACGUGCUCAGAUACAACUUGCCUUAUCAUAUUCGACAACGCGGAGGAUCUCAUAUCCUUGAAGACAGCCUGGCCUGGCUCGAUUAGUGCCUCGAUUCUUGUCGCCACAGGGAUCUCUCUGUUGCAACAGCCUCGACAGCCCAGCAUAUACAGGUCAAUGCAUUAGGCGAUGAUGGGGGGGCCAGAUGCUUCUCAAGGCUAUUAACAUCGGCGCUGCAUCACAGGCCGAUCUUCAGAAUGCUUCAAACAUCAGCCGGAGCCUUGGGGGGCUACCCCUGGCGCUAGCUCAGAUUGGCGGUUUUGUUACUCAACGCAAGUUGUCUUUGCACGAGGUCCUCCCGCUAUAUGAGCGUUACGCCGCCAAAAUCGACGCCCGGAAGGCUCCUAGAAGCGACUACGAACAUACCCUGAGCACUGUGUGUGAUGUCUCAUUCCAAAAGUUAUCAGCAAACCCCACUCGACUUCUACUUACUAUCUUACUUCGACCCGGAUGGUAUCUCAGAAGACAUCUUGAUCCAUGGUUCCGAGGGCCUCAGCGAAAGUUUGCAUUCCUAUCAGAUGAACUUGAGCUAGUGUUACAGCUUCCCAUUUAGCAAUGUUGAAAAAGAGACCAAUUUUCGGUCAGCCUAGGUGAUGCUUCGGAAGAGCUUGGACCUGAGGAUCCCUUCAUUGCCUAUAGUCUUUACAACAUCACGCUGGCAUAUCCUGAGGUGAACGCACUGGAUCUGGCCUGUGAGACUCAUCAGGAGGCCAUUAGACUCCGACUGAAGGCGAAUAGCAACAGAAUCGGCAAUUCAUACAGCAACAUGUCGAGUCUACUUCUCCGCAUGGGCCGUCCGGAUGAAGCGGAGGAGAUGCUCGCAAGAUGUCCCUCCCUGAAGGAAUUCACUGAUGAGACCUUUCUCAGCACUGGAAAUCCUCGCUUCUCAGGGGACAUGGUCUUAUUGUCGCGUAUUCGUCUUGCUCAGGGGCGGACGAGCGAAGCCUUGCGGCUGGCAUCAAAAGCACUGACCUUUCGUCGCGGAUUAAUUGGGAAACCGGCUCAAAACUUGCGACUCUCAGUACGAUGUAGCCUCGAUGCUGUACCGGGAUGGCCACGUUAGCUCAGCUGUUAACCUGCUGGAGGAGGUUGUUGGGAUUUCGGAGACUCCGGUCGAGGGACAAGGACAGCAAGCUCGUGCUCUAUUCAAGCUUUCUCAGAUACAUGGGGAGAAUGGAAGAGAGGCUGAAAGCGCGGCUCUCAAGGAACGGGCUGUUUAG